GGGCACCCGGCCCAGCGCCCUUCAGUCCGCCUCAGGAGAUGGCGGAGUGUGGACGGUCGGUUGCGUGUUGCGGGAUGGAGGGCGAGAGCCGGCAGCAACGGCACCACCUUCACCUCCACCAUCUCCUGCUGGUCGCAGCGCCUCACCGGACGGGCUGUUGCGGCUGGGCCGCUUCUAAUUUCAAGGUUUUGGCGCCGAAGUUCGUUGGCUCACAAAAUGGCGGCUGCGCCCUGAGCCGUUAGGGGGGGAAACGGUCGGGCGGCGAAAACUCGGUCGGUCGGUCGUGAAUUUCUUUCUCCUUCGCCUUUCCAGACUCGAUUUUCUUGUUGCUGUCGUCGUGAAUCUUUUCCUGUUUCUCAUAAAAACGAAAAAAAAAAUGAAUUGGGAGCCGCCGGGUCCAGCCCCCGCGGCCGCCUCCUGCAGUGACGGCGGCCUUGGGGGACACCCUGGCGGGCCUGGCCUCUACCAGAGCCCGUUGAUGAAGCUGAUCUCCGUGUUUUACAGGCCCAGCUUUGCCCGCUUCCACCGCCCGGAAGCGGAUUCCCCCCUGAGCUGGGGCUCGGGCCUCCUGAGGCCGGUCCUGGACAAAAUGCGGGGAUUCGGUGGCGGCGGGGAGAGGGAGUCGGUGUCCCCGCUGGGGGGUCUCUGGGCCGCCGCCUGGCACUGGGUCGGGGCCACCGAGCCCCUCCCUCCUGCUCCGCCGCUGGAGGAGCGGCUGGAGGUCAUCGUGGAGGCGCCGCCACCGCUGAAGAUCCCCGAGCCCCCAGCCCCGGGCUGCCCCGGCCUCUUCUCCAAAGUGAUGGGGCGUAUCUCCCCCCCGGAGACCUCCAGCAUCAGCCACCCCCUCCGCCCAGGCCUGCCUCAGCCCCUGGAACUCGCCAAUUUGGGGCUGCCCCAGUGGAGCUCUGGCUAUCCCGCAGCUUCUAUGCAGCAGGUACUGGCCCCAGCAGAGCCCGGCUUCCACAGCACCCAGCAGAUGGAGAAACCCCUGGAAUUGUUCCCCUGCCACAGCGGGGUGGGCAUCGCCACCCCAUCCGACCAGGACUACGGCUAUUCCAGCUUGGAAGAAGAGCACGCCGGCUCCCAGUGCCAAGACCUGAGGUAUUCAGGCAAGGGGGUGCCUCCUGAACCUGCCCCCAGUGUAGACAGCUGCUCCAAAGGUAGUGACCUGAAGGCUAACAGGGUAGCUUGCAUGGAUAAUGGAAAGACAGUUCCGCUGCCACUUUCAGUUGACUCAACCGUGCCCAACCUUCAGUAUUUGGAUAUUGAGAAUAGGAACGUGUCCAUGAGAGACGAUGAGUGGGAUAGCGAUGAGAGUAGCAGUGAAGAACUGGACGAUGAUGCUGAGGAAGAGGAUGACUGCUAUCCCUUAUCCAGACCUCAGUGUUCCAAUAAAACAAUAGCUUAUAUUUUAGGAAGCGACUCCAUUAGUGAUAGUGAUGACAGCGAGGAAGAUGAGGACAGCGACUCAGAUGACGAUGGAUUUGACAGCGAUGGUAGCAGCUCUGAACUCUCAGAUACAGAUGAAGAGCUGUUGAACUUUUUAGCUGGUACCUCUGAUCCUUACAACCUUAUGAAUUUUCAAGCCUGCAUUAAAACACGGCACAAAGUGGACACCAGAACUGUAUUCCAAUCUAGUUGCACUCAGCAAUCUGAAAUGUGUACCAUUGAGCUGGAAGAUGAUUCAGGCAGAGUGGACAGUGGGUUUACUGAUGAAAUACAGAGUGAAGUACAGAAAACAUUUACCCAGAUGGCUUGUGAAAAAAAGUGCUCCAAAAAGGUUGCCUUUGAUGAGCACGUCACUGUCCAUUAUGUCAGUAGUGAAGAAAUCCGUAAAGGACCCUGGGAAGAGUUUGCCCGGGAUCGCUGCAGAUUCCAGAAGCGAAUUCAAGAAAUAGAAGAGUGUAUUGGCUAUUGUUUCACCCUUAAACACCGGCGGACUGUGCUGAAAAAUUUGCAGCUGAGCAGCUAAUGAUCACUCAGAGCAAAAGGCUUUGAAAAUAUUCAUCUUUUUAAUAGUUUAUUUGCAAAUUAACCCUAAUUUUUGUUGAACGUUUGUGCACACUCACAUUAUUGCCUACUGUUAAAUGGUGGGAAAUUUGUAAUGCAGCUACUGCGCAGCCAGUUUGCAACAUGAAGGAACAUGUGAAAAAAUAAUCACUAUUUGUUGUUACAAUGACACAUCCAGGGAAUUAAAAUAGUGCAAAAACCUGCUCGCUGGGUUGACAUAUCUGCAAGUGUCAUUUGAUCUGACGAUCACAAAAUUUUGCUUUUGUUGUGACAUUGAUGAUGUACACCAGUGGUUUCUCUAUCACAAGGCACUAUUCAAUCCAAAUUCUGUGAAUUACUUAGAGAUGGACUUGUGUUUUACCAAGGUAUAUCUGUUUUACCCCACUUGAGUGACGUUUGGGUAAUGCAACACCUAACUGCUAGCAAAUGAAACGUAUUCCCAAAUAAAGUUCAUGUAUUAUGAAUGCAGUAAGUGGGUUUAUCCCAGAGUAGCUCAUUACCUGGAGUUUACAUUUAGGUUCCUGCUGAGUUUCGCUCCCUGUUUCCAGCACGUUUUUCUUACAAUCAAACCUGAAAUACAGUAAAAUGCCAUAUUUUGUCAAGUCAGAUGAUAACAAAACUCCUGUAUUUAAUUAACUAAUUUUGAGUUGGUGCAGCUUAAUUUCAGAAUUGUCCGUGUGAAGGAAAUCAUUGCUUGCACUAAUGGGUUACUUUUUAAAACCAUAUGUUCUAUAUGGGGGCUAUUGGUUAGCUCUUUGAUCUUAAGUUUAGCAUUUAUAAAUGUUGGGAGAAUGGGGAGCUUUAGCUUCUUUGGUGAAGAGGAUAUUUGUGCUUUGAAGUUGUUGCUUUGAAGCUCAGUUCCUUGGUUAGAUUUUCUUAACACAGGAGUCUGUUCCUGUUCAAUACAUUUUUAAUCCAUUACAGUAGGAUUUUUGCAUACUUGAUAACAGAAAUUUCCACUUUCCAAAGUUAAAUGUAAACAGAACAGGUGAUGGCCAUUUGGCCUGUUAUGCCUGUAUUAGCUCUUUGUAAGAACGAUUCAAUUAGUCCCACUUCUCUGCUCUUUGAAAGCUUUUCCCUGUUGACAAAUUCCCCUCAAAUCUGCUUCAGCCUGCCAGGCAGUUCAUUCCAAAUAGGACUUUUGAGAUUAAAAAUGAGAGUGACCAAUUUUUAAACAUAGAUUUGAUGUUUUAGUGAAGCCUGUCCUUAAUGGUGUAUAAAGGCAAUGUUAGUUCUAGCCAAACCAGCACUGGGUUCAGGGGAUAUAUGGUUUGUGGACUGAGUCGGACCUUUCACUUGACCGCCAGAAACUGCUCAUCAGCUGAACUAUUUCUCAGCAUGAGAUGGGCAAACAAUAAUGUUAAACUUGGUUCAAAAUUUAUAACAAUCAUUAAAAAGAAAGAUUGACUUUCCACAGUUUGUCUUCCUAAUCUAGUUGGCCUGGUGAUCAUAUUGGAAGAUGCCAUGAAAUUAAUAUUGUGUUUGAUUGCCAUUCUGCACACUUUAUUGUACAUGUAGAUCAUAACAUUUUACCUUCUUGGAAUUGACAUCUUUUGCAGUAAAUUUGUUUUGAAAGUUUGGUGCAAGUCACAGCAAGAAUCCAUCAAGAAUCAUUUCUAAACCUAUGAGAUUGGAUUUAUAUUGUCAGUUUUUCUGUUGUAUUUUAGUUUGAUCUUUAAUUAAGUUCCUGAUUAUCUGAGAAAAGUUCAGCUGAAUUUGUGUUUUUGAGGUGGUGCAUAGCUAUGUCACUCAAAGUUGUUCCAUUUUCUUGGAAAUAGGGUUGAAUAUAUAAUUGGCAGAAGGUUGUGGUAGGGUUAUCGAUAGGAUUUCUCUUUCCAUUUGGCUGUUUUGGUCUUUAGAGAUUGCUCAGGCAUCAGACUUCAGUGGUUUGACUUGAGAUUAGUAUUCUUGCUUAGGUACAAAGCUUUAAGAAUUAUCUUAUUUCAAAAGCAUUUGAUACUAAUCUCGUUUGAAAUCUUACUGCACUUUAGCCUCUGCAUUGGGCUUUGGGCAACUUGAUGCAAUCCCCAAAUUGGAAGGUAAAUCAGUUGCUGAUCAACAGUCCUUGAUUCCAGGUUGCUGAAUAUAGUGUUUAAUAUUUCUUUGUGAGCUACCUUUUUCAGCAGUUAAUUGUUUGAAAUUUCUGAGGUUCAUCUUUGAGCUCCUGUCUAAGUGUCAUGGGCAAAUUUGUACAAAGGGAGCACUAGGUUCUCCUAAAUAUGAUAUUGGAUUACCUAUUAAUAACGCUGAAUUUUAAUCUAGUUAUAUCUGAUGAACUAGGUGACACUUGCAGGUUGAAUUUAGCUAAUUAAACUUUAAAAGAAUUUUGGAAGAACAAUGCCUAGUUUUGUCUCAAAUGCCGAUGGUCUUGCCAGUCCUAUGCUACCCUAUAACAGUGCACCUCUUACGAGAAAACAUGCUUGGGUAGCAGCUAUCGUGUAAGUGCUCCAAAUCAACCAUAGAGUUGGGAGAUUGACAGAAGCUGACCCUGAUCUUUGUAUGUAAUGUGUACAGUGUUGAUUUAUCACUGGAGUUGUUUGGUGCCUUCCCCCUUUGGGUCACGGGAAGAAAAGGGUGGAAGUAAAUGCCUAUAGUAAAUCAUAACAGAAGUGGGAAUUACAAGUCAGAUUAUUGCAAACAUUAUUUGGUUUGAAAUUCAUUUUAGUCUUUUUUUUUCCCCACACACACUUCAAUUCAAUCUUGAGUUUCCACUUUGUGUGCAGUAAUUGAUUAUAUGACCUUGAGGCUAGUUGUCCAACUGUUGGGAAUUAAUUUUGGACCAUUUUCCUUCUAUAGAUGUUUUUAUUUAUCAAGGAACUAAUUGUAUUUUUGUAUAAUUUUGCAGGUUUGUAAACAGUGUAAAGAAAAUUAUAUUAAUUUACAUCAGAUUUACUAAUUAGGAUCAAUGUUUUAAAGUUUGUAAUUUGUAAUCCCCCAUGAAAUGUUUGUUAUGCAAGUCAUUGUAAAUCGAAACAUGUGCCUGAAGCACUGAAUAACCCAAUAGUGCUGAUCUCUCAAAUAAAAUAUUAGUGUGCAGCA